UGCCUUCAGACCCAGCCUGCCCACCGCCUCCGUGCCUAGUUGGGUGAAACUACGACAUGCCGUUCUUCUUCCCGCGACUGUCGUGCCGGGAUCGUGUCACGACGGCGCUGGUGAAGCUAAGCAGGCGCCGCGCUCUGCACCUCCUGUGGGCGGCCCCAUGCGUGCUGCUAGGGUGCGCUUGGUCAUUGGGAUUCGCAGAGUUCGAUCGAAAUGCGGCGCAACCUCGGGGUGGCAGCAAGAGCAAGGGCAGCGUGCUUCUUCUUCGCUGGGGCGGCGAUAACGAUGACCCGGGGUUGAACGACGACCGGUAUCCCAUCCCAGAUCGCAUGGAGCCGGUCCCGCGGCCGCCGGAGGUCUGGGACUACCUGACGGGCGCCGACAUCAUGAACCUCCGCCUCGAGGCCCUCCGCCGAAACAGCACAGCAGCUGCCGACCAGCAGAAGCAGCAACACCAAGAGAGCAAGGUGGCGGCGGCAGCCGUGGUAGAAGCCGCCGAAGCGCUCGGGGACAACAAGGAGGACGUCCGCCCCGUCGACACCGCGUUCGCGCCCGGGUGGAAGGGAAUGCCCACCCGCGGAAGCCGCUGCUCCUCGAUCGACAUGGCCGCCGUGGCCCCGAGCAUGGCGUGCGGCGCACCGCUGGCGGAGCCGUGCUUCGACCACAGCCGCUGCCGGCCUCACGCGUCCGGAGGAGCGCCGUCGAAGCCGUCCAUCUACGUCUUCGACGCUACGUGCUCGCUCGCCGACAGCUCGGCGCUGCCCCCCAGCAACGAGAGCCUGAUGCUCAGUCACACGUGGAGGGAGGCGGCCAGAGACGCCGGGGUGCUCUCCGAGACCUACCGUGACGCCUGCCUGUUCCUGCACGUCAACAAGCGCCUGAACCACGUGCCCUGCCCCGCGGAGAAGCCGCUGUGGAACGGGGGAAAGAACCAUGUCAUGGUGGACCUAACCGACCGCACCCGUGACAAGAAGCCGUUGAUAGCGGGAAGCGCCGCCAUGGACGCGUCCUCGAACAUGCGUUCCUGCUUCUACCGCUCCGGCUACGAUUUCGCGGUGCCCCUUCGACACCAGUGGGGGUUCGGGAACCUCACCGAACUCGCCCCCUGGCAUCGGGACUACUUCCUCACGGUGAAGGGCAACCUUUACCUGUCGGGCGUCGGGUACGACGAGCGGAUGAGCGUCGUCCCGCUCCACUCCGAGCCGGAGGGGGUGAUCAUGGGGCUCAACUGCUUCGAGUUGCACGACGAGCACCUCCUGCCGGAGAACGAGGAGUUCUGCCUGGCCCUCAACGAAACGGCGUCUCGGCACGAGUACGAGGACCUCAUGAACACGACGUUCGGCCUCGUGCCCGCAGGCCGCCAGCCCGCGACGUACCGCCUCGCCGAGGUGAUGAGCGCCGGUGCCAUCCCCGUGUUCGUGUCGAGGGACAUGGUGAGGCCCUUCCCGGAGAGGGUAGACUGGCCGACUCUUUCGUUCUCCUUCCCGCCGGAGGAGGUGGGGCCAGCCAUGAUGGACACGCUCAGGUCGGUCACCCCGGCGGAGCUGUUGGGAAUGCAGCGAAAGUCGGUGCAGGCGUUUUAUGAGAUUUUUGGGGAGGAGCCCGGGUACGACCGAAUCGCUCGCGUCGUGGUCGACGAGCUGGUGCUCCGUGUCGGGUAUCACCGAUGACACCUUGUACCCGAUGUACAUAAAACGCGAGGGCUUGUAGUAGUAGCUUAUAACGAGUGGGAAGUGUGGAUCAAGACCAACCUGGAUAGCAUGAGCGUGUUGGGCUGUCACAACCAGAAGGAAGGUGCGGCGGAAUGCGGUGUGUGGGAUUAUGAUCAACCCGGAAAGCAUAAGCUUCUUGGCUGCACGCCCCCGCCCGCUCGCCAGUCCUUUCGUCACGUACGCCAGAGCAGGAUGGUUGGGAAUUGAUCGAGGAGGAGGGGAGGUUCCCCCCCGCCUCGGCGCCGGAGCGUCGGCGGCUGUCGGGAACGCUAUUCAGCUGUAAACAAGAGGCGCACGUUGCCGUGUUGUCUCUUUAUGAUUUCGGCUCGGCCUUUCGGUUUGUGACAAGGAGAGCAGCGAGAGAGGUUCGCUGGCCGUACGUUUGCGUCCUUCGGAGGAAGGGGCAAGGUGCAUACCAGAUGGAAUCUGGUUUGUCCCAGUACGCUUGGACUCUGCGGUAGUCCGGCCUGGGAUGGACAGCUAGGAUAUCCCAACAGGGCUAAUUAGCAGCCACACCCCGCGCUUUUGCUGCGGGACAACCCCCCCCCCCCCCCCCCCCCCCCCCNCCCCCCCCCCCCCCCCCCCCCCCGGGUAUGAUAAUCCUGUUUCCCUGAUUUGUUCCUGUGACUCGUUGUGAAUUUGUCCUGUGGAUUUCGUUACCAUGGUUGGGGUGACGAUGAGAGAUGCGUGAGUAUAUCGCGUCACCCGUGCGUAGUUUGUUGCGGAUGGACCUUUGUACACAUUGGUCGCUGUCCGUUGUCGUUUUAGUUCCGAGCGUGGGGAGAGUAGUUGCCCUCGUAAGGUCUCGUUGUACUAGUACAAUGCACGUGCUCACCUUGGGGGAGAGAGAGCGAGAGAGUAACAGCGCGGUAAGGGUGUGGUUGCAGAAGAGCAGCAGGACAUGAAGGGGUGUUACUUCCGCAGCGUGCGGUAGGAGUAAAACUGCUGAUUACGGGUACAUAGUGCUCUGCCUUGGCCUACUUAAAUCGUUUAAUCGAUGGCGGGUACAAUGGGACGGCCUGAUUCACACUGUAUAUUGGAUAUAGGAGGAGAGAGCUUGGUAUUUUAUCCAGCGCUUUUGUGUGGGCUUUGUGUUUUGGAUAUGGAUAGCGUUGUUGUGUUGCAGGGAUAGCGGUUUUGGUGUUUACGCGGUCUGGAAGGCGGUUUUGGUUUUCGGGAACUUUUCCAGCAGGGUCAGUUAGUCUCCGAGAGGGAGACCGGGAAAAGGGUGCGUGAAGUUGUGUUGGCCGGCGUACGGGUGCUUUCUUUCGCCCGAUACCUGCCUAUGCGUGUGCUUGGCAUGGCGAGCUGCUGCUGCUGUGUUGAUGCCGAGCCGUUCCUUGCCUGUGAUGUGGUUUUAGAGUCAAAUCUUGGCAAUCGACGAAGAUGAUCGCUGGCGGCAUAUGUGUAGCGUCAACGUCAUCCGGAAACCCCAUAGGUUGCGUUAUUUUGCAGCUCUUAUUUUAUGUCUACUCCACAUCUCCACCAAAUUUAGCCAUCCCUGUGUUUGGGAAGUAUCCCAUGUCGCCGCCGUACAAUGUACAAUAAUUAGUGUAGAAGGGUUCCUAGCUUAUUAUACAAGUAUAUACGAGCGCUAAGUUUUUGGCUAUAGGUUUGUCUCCUUUCAGUCGGUGAUAUAUUCUUGUUUAUGUUCUCUUCGCUGUCGAAGUCGCUUGUUUUGUGUGUCGCCCGUCCUUUGGACCGGUCUGUUUGUUUAGUGUUCGGGGAAGAAAGUGCCCGCGCAUGUUGUGAAAUGCUGGCAUCAACAGCGGUAUUCCCGGCUGGCUGGCCGUCUCGUUGAAAAGACGUAAAUGCGCGGCCGAGACUUCGUCUUUGUGGAGCCUUGGGUUCUUGUUGCCAUGUAGUACUUGUUUUUUUGAGACAUGUUUUGGAUCAUGUAGUACGUUUGUUUGUGUUCGAGUGCGCUACUACAUGGCAUCGGAGAGGAGAUGUUUGUGGUGUUGAGCCUAAGUUAGUCUUUGUUCCGUGCUUGUUGAUGGUUGAUGAUGACGGGUGGUUUCCACGUGGCGUUCGUUAAUGUUACAGUAUUGGUUGGAUUUGUUGCUUCGAUACUGACCAGUGUUAUUUGUGAAUAAAUAAGUCUAUCGUGUCAAGGGCAACUCGAGCAUUGACCAUGGGGUGG